GACCGCCGCGGCUGGCCGGAGCCUACUCCCUGGUGGCAAUGCUGCCAAACGCGGGAGGCUGUUGCCGCAGCAGCAUCGGGAGCGGGCGAGGCGGGGAUGCAGGAUUCCCCCGCUCUCCGCCAAUCACACGCGCUCCUCAGGCCCGGGCUCUAGCCACUGGCUGCGGCGGGCGCCGGGUCCGGCCCGGCUCCGGGCGGCGGCGUGGGGGGAUGCGGUGACCUUGCGGCCGGGCGGCAGGCGCAGAACGAGCGCCCCGGGGCUGGGCCAUGGGCACGGUGCCGUCCGCGCUGAAGCACUGCCUCAGCUAUCAGCACCUCCUCAAGGAGCAGCUCUGGAUCGGGGAGCCGGCCGCGCCGCCGCCUGCUCUGCAUCCCGAGCAGGAAUUUCAAAUAUCUGGACUUCCUGACUAUGUUAAAAUUGUAGAAGUUGGGCCAAGAGACGGAUUACAAAAUGAAAAGGUUACAGUUCCCACAGAUAUCAAAAUUGAGUUAAUCAACCGACUUUCCAAAGCAGGCUUGUCUGUAAUAGAAGCAACCAGUUUUGUUUCAUCAAAGUGGGUACCUCAGAUGGCAGAUCACACAGAAGUAAUGAGAAGGAUCGAGCGGCAUCCUGGAGUCCAAUAUCCUGUACUCACACCUAAUCUUCAAGGUUUUCAUUCUGCUAUUGCAGCAGGAGCUACAGAGGUAUCAGUAUUUGGUGCAGCAUCUGAAUCUUUCAACAAAAUGAAUAUUAAUUGUUCCAUAGAAGAAAGCAUAGAAAAAUUUGAAGAAGUUAUUAAAUCGGCACAAAAUAUGAAUAUUCCAGUGCGAGGGUAUGUAUCUUGUGCAUUGGGAUGCCCGUAUGAAGGAAACAUCAUACCAGCUAAAGUGGUAGAAGUGUCUAAACAGCUGUAUAGCAUGGGCUGCUAUGAGAUCUCUCUGGGGGACACAAUUGGUGUGGGGACCCCCGGUAGCAUGAAGAGAAUGUUAGAAGCUGUUAUGAAGGAAAUCCCAGUGAGUGCUCUUGCUGUUCACUGCCAUGACACGUAUGGCCAGGCUUUAGCCAAUAUCCUCACAGCCAUACAGAUGGGAGUUGGUGUUGUGGACUCCGCUGUUGCUGGAUUAGGUGGCUGUCCAUAUGCGAAAGGUGCUACUGGAAAUGUAGCCACGGAGGAUGUGCUAUACAUGCUUACUGGAUUAGGGAUAAAUACGGGAGUGAAUCUUUACAAGGUGAUGGAAGCUGGUAACUUCAUCUGCACGGCUUUGAACAAGAAAACAAAUUCUAAAGUUGCACAAGCUUCCUUCAAUGUUUGAACUGUAAAUUAAGAUGUUCUUUCUGCAAUAUACAUUGUCAAAGAGUAUUUACAUAAAAAAAAUCAAUUGCAAAACCUUUUCAAUCAAGAAAAAAAGAAAGCAUGCUAUAGCUGUUCUUUAUGGAAAGAGUGUGCGUUAGAAUAAUACAUUUUGCCAAAUGUUAUUCUGGGGAAAUAAUACAGCAUUGCAAAUAAUAAAUAUAAUGUCUAUCAAUACAAAUUCAUGUACCUGAUACUUUUAAAAGUAAGCAAAUCAGCAACUUACUGUCUAUUUAAAUGGCCUUUUAGCUUGCUUUAGAAAAAAAUCAUUACAGAGUUCCACAAAAAGUGAAUACAUUGGUAAUUCUUAAUCAAGUUGACUUUUGGUACAGUACAAAUAUUUGAAGUAGUUUAUGAGAUCCCAUUGUGCGUGGCCUGGCUAUUGUGUGUUUUAUUUCUCUGAAUCUCCACUUUUCAUUUGCCAAGUCAAUUAUGUUAUGAAUGUGGAGCCUAAUCUAAAUUUACUGUAAGUAGUUUCUAGCAAUAGCACUUUUGUAUUUUUACAAUGGUUAACAUCUGUUUAUGAAUGACUUUAUCUUGUUCCAAGAGUUUGUGAUGAAUAGCAGCCUGCCAUAUCCCCCAAAUCUAGUGCAACUCUCUUAUGUUACAUACAUUAAAUUCACUGUAAUUGC